CUGAGCCAUAAAUUCCCCUCCGCACAGACGCGCGCUCUUUCUUGAGGCAUCCUCGUUGCUACAGUGGCCGUUGCCUUGUGUCCCUAUCGCAGUCUUGCGAUCGGAGGUCCCCUCGCGGUGCGGAGCGAGGCCAGGUGUCCCCUGCUCGAGGCCCGCGUCGCCAUGGCCGCGGUUCCCGAGUCGCUGCAGUCGCAGGAGGAGGACCGCGGCAAGCUGAGAUCUGUGUCUGUGGACUUGAAUAUCGACCCUUCGCUGCAAAUCGACAUACCUGAUGCGCUAAGCGAGAGGGACAAAGUCAAGUUCACAGUGCACACCAAGACCACACUGCCCGUGUUCCAGAGUCCAGAGUUUUCUGUUACAAGGCAACAUGAGGACUUCGUGUGGCUACACGACACUCUCACUGAAACUACAGACUAUGCUGGGCUUAUUAUCCCUCCGGCUCCUACAAAGCCAGACUUCGACGGCCCCCGUGAGAAGAUGCAGAAGCUGGGAGAAGGGGAAGGAUCCAUGACCAAAGAGGAAUUUGCCAAAAUGAAGCAGGAGCUGGAGGCGGAGUACCUCGCUGUCUUUAAGAAGACCGUGUCCUCCCACGAAGUAUUUCUUCAGCGUCUCUCUUCUCACCCCGUCCUCAGUAAAGACCGCAACUUUCAUGUUUUCCUGGAAUAUGAUCAGGAUCUAAGCGUCAGACGGAAAAACACCAAAGAGGUGUUUGGUGGGUUUUUUAAGAGCGUGGUGAAGAGCGCUGAUGAAGUUCUGUUUUCUGGAGUUAAGGAGGUGGAUGACUUCUUUGAGCAGGAGAAGAACUUCCUGGUUAACUACUACAACAGGAUCAAGGACUCCUGUGGCAAAGCUGACAGGAUGACCCGGUCACAUAAAAGUGUCGCAGAUGACUACAUCCACACAGCGGCCUGUCUGCAGAGCCUGGCCUUGGAGGAGCCCACUGUCAUCAAGAAGUACCUAUUGAAGGUUGCUGAGCUAUUUGAAAAACUUCGGAAAGUGGAGGGUCGUGUCUCCUCGGAUGAAGACUUAAAGCUGACAGAGCUGCUCCGGUACUACAUGCUCAACAUUGAGGCUGCCAAGGACCUCCUGUACAGACGUACCAAAGCCCUCAUUGACUACGAGAACUCGAACAAAGCUCUGGACAAGGCCCGGCUGAAGAGCAGAGAUGUGAAGGUGGCCGAGGCGCACCAGCAGGCGUGCUGCCAGAAAUUUGAGCAGCUCUCAGAGUCUGCAAAAGAAGAACUGGUGAAUUUCAAACGGAAGAGAGUGGCGGCGUUUAGGAAGAAUCUGAUUGAGAUGUCGGAACUGGAAAUAAAGCACGCCAGAAACAACAUCUCCCUCCUGCAGAGCUGCAUUGACUUGUUCAAGAAUAACUGAUCUGACACCAGCCCUCUCUCGCCGCCGGAAAGAAGAAAACAAAUGUGAAGCCAGCGUCACUUGCACUUCAGUCAUUGCCAUAGGAGAUGAUUAGCUUUGACUUUAGCUUACAAUUAUGUGAAUAAAUAUUUUGAUUUCUAAAAAUCUUAACACUUAACCAUGUUGGUUUAAACAUUUUUAUCGCAUGCCACUUGGAAUGACUAAUCUUUCCUUCUACAUUUAAUACCUCAGUGUGGCAGCACCUGACCACAGGAUUCUCCUGUCACGGAGGAGAGGAGCCUCGUUCACAGGCAGGUGCACCUCUCACUGCAGGGGACACAUUCCGUGCAGCAGGAGUCUCCAUGGCUCUCCUAUCUCCUUGGGUGUUGUGCUCCAGGGCAGGAAGAUCUCGUCUCCAUAUGCCCUUUGCAGCCCUGCUUUGUACUGGGCUGUAAAUACCCAACGGGAGAGAUGUCUGGGGCUCUUGGGCCAUCAGGGUGGCCAGGUCUGCCCAGAAAUGUGAGCCCCUCCCUGGUGGCAGGGUGUGUGUCUGGGCUCCUGUUUUUAUAAAAUGUAAAAUAAAACAGUGAAUCAUG